AUGCAUGCUCGGUGUAUCGUCCGACCGAUUCUUGGGAUACUUAGUCACACAACGAGGUAUCGAGGCACACCUGCGCUAAAUCAAAGCCAUUCUCGAGAUGAAGUCGCCUUCCACAGUGAAAGAAAUACAAAGCCUGACGGACCAUUCUUCAAAGCUUUGAAGAAGGGACAAAAAGACAAGUGGGACGAGGAGUACGAAGCAGCUUUCCAGAAUCUAAAGACUUACCUCACCUCACCUCCCCUGCUCUCAAAGCCAGUUCCUGGUGAAGACUUGUUCGUGUACCUGGAAGUGUCCAUCUCGGCCGUCAGCUCAUCUCUCAUCGAAGAAGAACUUGGGGCCCAACAUCCGAUAUUCUACACGUCAAAAGCUCUCCUCGAUGCAGAGACUCGCUACCCAAAAUUGGAGAACCUCAUUUUGGCCCUUGUAGUUUCCGCGAGAAAGCUGCAACCCUAUUACCAAGCUCACCGAGUCAUCGUCAUGAUCGACUUUCCUUUGAGAUCAAUCCGCCACAUCCUUGAUGCUUCUCAGCGACUCAUGAAGUGGGCUAUAGAGCUAAGCCAAUACGACCUCAUCUACCGGCUGAAGACUGCAAUAAAAGCCCAAGCCUUGUAA